AAUGUAGCAUUAACGGGACUGCAAACAAAGUCAUGUAGAUGAGUUAUAAGUAAUAAUACUUUUGCUCGCUCGUUAAUCAUUAACUAAUGAUCAUUCAUCCUCAUAUGUAUUUUUAUGUUCGAUAUAAUUCAUAUUAAAAUCAGAUAUAACACGUUGCCUCGGUGCUCUGUGCUACAACGCUAACGGACUUGUUUUCCCAUCAUGCUUUUCGGAAAGAGGGUUUGGAGGGGGGCCAGUUGUUUGCUAGCAACGGUUGCUGUGGAUUUCUGUGAAUGUCUACAUUUAUUAUACAGGACAGCAAGAUUGUAUACUACUACUAGCAUGUAAAUGAUAAACAAUUUAACAAUGUCUGGCCUGACUAUGGCUGACGAGACUGCUGGAGAUAUUCCAGUUCGAGACAUCACUUUAAACCUUAACGGAGCAGGCAUGUCGGUUUUAGAGAAAGAGUCGCUGCUUUCCCAAAAUGCCAGAGCGAGGAAAGCUGUGGCGAAGAUCAGCCGAGAGGAUCUGGAGGACCGAUAUCUGCGCAUGCAGGAGGAAAACCUCCUACUUAAACAGCACUCACACAAACAGGAGGACAAGAUCAAAAGGAUGGCUACUAAACUGAUCCGCUUGGUGAAAGACCGAAAGCAUGUGGAGCAGGCUUCUUCAUCAGGCCAUGUCAUAGCAGGUCGGAAUGUUGAGAUGGAGGAGAUGAUUGAGGAGCUGCAAGAGAAGAUUCAUGAACUGGAGAAGCAAAACGAGGGACUCAAGCAGCGUCUUCUCACAACAAAACAGCAAAUUCAGACCCAGAGUCGUAGACCAACCCCCUACAGUCACAUUCAAUCCCGCAUUAACUCAGGAUUGCGCAGACCUCCGAACGACGCACCUGUAUCACCUCAGCAGCCGAUAACACAGAGAGGAGGAACUAGACAUGUGGAAGGGGAAAUGAGCAGCAGACCCCCACAGGGGCUUUUACCUCGCUAUGGACACAGUCUUCUGGAUGAGGCUCGCUCAGAGAUCCGUAAUCUGGAAAAUGUGAUAGAAAUGCAGAGGGCUCAGAUGGAGGAGAUGGAGAGAUCAGCAGAAAUGAUGAGAGUGCAGCUACGGAUUAAGGAGAGAGAAUACGAGGAGUCUAUCCUACAGCUAAGAGAGAAUCAGACCACUGGACAGAGGUCAAACAUUAAGGACAAUGUGGAGAUGAUAAAGCUACAGAAACAACUGGCUGAUAAAGGAAAUUUGUUCACUGUGCUCGAGGGAAGAUUCCUUCAACUACAAGAGAGCCAGAAGACCCUGAAGGCUAGCCACGACACAGCGAUGGCUAAAGUGGAUGAGCUGACUGGGCAGCUGAAAGAAGAAAGGCUGAGGAUUUUGGGCCUGGAGAAUCAGUUACAAACUAAAGCACUGCAGGAGAGAAGGUCUUCAGAGUUGCUUGAGCAAAUUCGGGAUUUGGAGAAGGAGAAAGACUUGCUUAAAGAGAACUGUAACAAAUUAAUGAACACCGCCAUUGACGUUAGUCAGGAACAGAAGUGGAAGACCAGAGAGCAGCAGCUUAAACUGCAGAUCGCUCAGUUGGAGAUGGCGCUGAAAUCUGACCUCGCUGAUAAAAACCAAAUCCUGGACAAGGUUAAGGCAGAGCGAGAUUCAUAUGAGAAGCUGAUCAAUGAGAAUAAAGAACUUCAACGCAGCUAUCUGGAACAGAAGCAACAGUUGGAUGAAAUAAAAGAGCGCAUUAAGUUUUUUUCAAAGGAGAGUGAAAUAGAUGCUGCUGAACUUAGUGAAGCGUUGAUGCUCAUUAAGGUGCGUAAGACACAGAAGAAGGGAGAGUUGGGUUUCCUGGAAAAAGUACAAGAAGAGGUUCACAUAGAUGCAGAACGUUCACUGAAAGAACUCCAGGCCACUUACGCUGAAACUGUCCAAGAGCUGGAAAAGACAAGAAACAUGCUGAUCAUCCAGCACAAGAUCAAUAAAGACUACCAGGCUGAAGUCGAAGCAGUUACCCAAAGGAUGAACGAUCUGAAGCUGGACAAUGAACUUAAACAGGAGAAACUUGCCCAGAUCCUGGACAUGAGAGCUGCAAAAAUAAAGAAACUUGAAGCCCAGUUAAAAGACAUUGCCUAUGGUACCAAGGCCCACGUCUUCCGUCCCGACAUCACAGAAGAUGAUGUGACUGAUGAGUUUGAUGAAACAGUACACUUGGCUCGAGGAGAGAACCUUUUGGAGAUCCACCUUGGCACUGCAUGCUUCAGUCCUGAGACUCUGGACAGUCUGGGUGACAAAGACCCCUCCACUUUCUGCACUUAUGCCUUUUACGACUUUGAGCUGCAGUCCACAGCUGUGGUGCGAGGGCAGCAACCAGUUUAUAAUUUCACCUCGCAGUACCUUGUGAAGGUGGACGAUCUCUUACUGCACUAUAUUCACAGCAGCUCUAUCACUGUGGAAGUACAGCUGGCCGAGGGCCUGACUUUCCACACCAUCGCUGCAGGACAGAUACGGCUGAGUCAGGUGCUGGAGAGGGACGGAAAAGUUUUUGGCACUUUACAGCUUGUAGGAGUUAGUGGUGAGAUCCGAGUUUUUGGCACUUUGGACUACUGGCUUAGACUGAGGGUUCCUAUGGAGCAAGCCAUUCGUCUGUAUAAGGAGAGAGUCAAAGCUGUAGGCUAUAUCAACACCAAUGUUAAAGACCAGAGCCAGGCUUCAAGUACCCCUGCUUCCAGCUCUUCGUUUAAGGAUGGAAGCCUGAACGAACUCUACAUCACAAUAUGCUGUUGCAGUAAACUGAAAUCCAGAGGACCUCAUACACCCAGUCCAUACAUCAUUUACAAAUUCCACAACUUCCCUGACCAUGAUACACCGAUCCUUUCCUCCACCAGUGAGCCACAGUUUGAUGACCACAUGACUUUUCCUCUGACCAUGAACUCUGAACUUGAUGCAUAUUUAAAGACAGAGGCUUUAACCCUCUUUGUGUUUGAUGAUUUGGAUUCUGAGAAUCCGCUCUACCUAGGCAAAGCCAACGUGCCGCUCAUAUCUCUGGCUCAUGAUAAGGCCAUCACUGGUACAUUUGAGCUAACAGACCCAGCUGGUCUGCCCAGUGGCUACAUAGACGUGACUCUCAAAUGGAAGUUUACGUACUUGCCUCCUUCUGGCUUGGCAGCAGCACCAGAGCAGGCCAAGUUUUUCACCAAAGAGGCUCAAAUUAAGCUAGCAACUGAUGAAUCUGGAAAUAUUAAUAGAAAGGACGUGAAUGAAAUUAUUCCUGCUACGACUCCUUUGCCGAAGCCCAGAUCGCGUAACCUUACAAAACCAGCUACUAAAAAGGUUUCAUUCUCAAAUGUGACGGAGCCUGAAAUCCAGAAAGGAGGAAGUGCUCCCCCCUGUGGUGAUCAAGAGAACAGGCUCUCUACUGUUACAAACAAGCAGAGUGUCCAAGUGGUCCAGGUGGGCCAGAUCAUUGAGGAAGAUGAUGAACAGUCUAAUUUAUCAGAGGGACAGGUGUUUGCAGGCAGCUCUCACUCUGCAUCUGAUGAGUCUGAGAUCUCGGAGGAGCUGGAAGAGCCAGAAGAUGACGUACAGCCAGCAGAAUGCUCAGAUCUGAACGAAUCGAUCCUUUCAGACAGCGACGACUGCAUCGUGCCUGCCCAGUCUACUCCGGCCCGGAAACAGCCAUCUGAGCGGAUCCGUGUGGAGAUUGUGUCUCUAAAUCUGAAGCCAGACUCCAGAGUGUCUGCAGACUCUAGUGUGGUCAGGCUGUUUGUAGAGUAUAAUUUGCUGGACCUGCCUUCAGAGGAGACGCCACUGUCACUGCCCAAACCUCUGCCUGGACACAGCAUCUACUACAACUACAGCCACGUGAUCCAUGUGGAUGUGGAGAAUAACCAGGCCAGACGUCACAUGCUUAGAGCCGUACUGGAAGGAAGGAACAAAAAGCUAGAGAACAUUAGGUUCAUGCUAGUGAGUGACCCACCUGAGGAAGAGGAGCAGGAGAAGGAGUGUGAGGAUGUGGGUGUGGCCUAUUUCCGCCUUUCUGACAUUCUGAAGAAGCAGAGGGACAUGAUCGACAUCAGCCUUGACAUUGUGGAUGUGCAGGACAGCACUGAAGUAGUGGGGACUCUGAAGGUGACUGUAGAAGCUCUGGAGGCUUUCAGGUCCAUAAUGGAGGAUCCAGACCAUGGUCAAUCUAAGCUCCAGUCUGAAAGAUAAUUGCAGAGAGAAAGCAGUACACAGCCUGAGGAAGCAGCCAGAAGGCCUGAUGUAAAUAAAUCAGGCGACUUUAGUGGGAUUGUUUACACCGACAGAGCCUGGUCACAUCUCGCAUGUGCCGUGCAUAAAACCAGUAGAAAAUCAGUGAUAAAAUUGUCACACACAGAGAAUCACCAGUCUGUGUUGUUUUUAUCAAAGCACAGCAGGGAGCAUGUUAUGGUCACGUUUAGACAUAUUUAUAGUUUCAUUUAGUAAGGAAAUUAGUAAAAAAAAAAGAAGUAUGCUUCCUCCAUGAAGAGGAAACAGACCUGAUUUGUUUUGCAUAAUCCUCUAAAACAACAAAAGGCAAUAAUAACAGGCAUAGCAAAUUCCCUUCCAAAUGAAUACUAUCAAAGGGCUUCAUUCCCCCUACAGUGUGACAUUCAUUAUGAUAUGAGUAUUUCUCUGUGGGUCUAAAGCCUUUAGUGCUCAGUUUGAUGUGCUGAUGAUGUUUAGCACAUUAAUAACCGCUUAAUGAAAAGCCUGUUAAGUCUUAUUAGCCACUGUGUGCCACACGGCUGUUUUUAUAUUGAAGAAGUGGAAUGGAAUCUAACUGAAUUUAAUGGGAUUUAAGCCAUCUCUUUAACAUGCUAAUGCCCAUUUUCACGCACGUUGCCUCAUGGAGUACAUGCUCUCACUCUGCUGAUGACUCUCCGAUUCUGUGCUGGAUUCAUCUGGACUUCAUUUGGACUUCACUUCUGACAUUUUAUUUAAGAGAAUAGUAUUAUUUUUUGUACUGAGCACAAAUAAAAAUAGUCAUAUUUAUUCAAA